GUAAAGCGGAAUAACACAGAAGAAGAACGUUGGUUAGCAUAAACAGCUAGCGUAGCUGUAUGUGUUAUGAGGUCUUUGCCUGAACAGAAUUAGCAGCCCACCAAGACAAAUUUGUCAAAGAAAAUUUGGUACCUGCGAACACACCAGCUCCCACUUUAGGUGUCAUAUGCUGAAGGUCACAUUUCGUCUAGUACAGUAACACUGUAGCACCGCUGGCAUCCCUGUGAUCCAAGAAAAUAAUGUGCUGCAGCUGAAGAUGGGGGGUAGUGGCUCCAAAUCCAAGGGAUUUUGGCCUUUUUCUGGCUCAGGUAGUGUGGACGACCCAACCAAAGAUGGAAAUGAGCAGUCACUGGCAAGAGUUCGAACUUUCCCAGGUGCAACACCUUUUGUGUUUACCAGACGAAGCUCUAUGUUCUUCGAUGAAGAUGGCGAUUUGGCCCACGAGUUCUAUGAAGAGACAAUUGUGACAAAAAAUGGCCGUAGAAAAGCCAAGCUGAAAAGAAUUCAAAAGAACUUAACAGCUCAGGGUAUUAUAAAGCUGGACCACCCGUGCAUCCAUGUAGAUUUCCCAGUUGUCCUCUGUGAAGCCUGACAGCGUCUGAGGAGUGUCUCAGACAUGCCACUGUGUCAACUCCGUCCUGUGGUUUCCCCUACAGAUGGAAGCCCGAACCACCUUUUAAAAUAACAUGAUCUCUUGAUAUAUUUGAUGCCCUUAUGUGGACAGGCUGAUGCAUUGUGUGCUGAGCCUCUGCAUGUGAUCUGUUUUUGGCUUGUGUGCUGUUCAACACAGAAUAGGUCACCAGUGGGGAUCUAGAGGGGUGCCAAGCUGGCAAAACCUACUCCGUUUACAGAUCAUGGUUUGUGUGCAUGUCAGUGUGAAUGUGUGUGCAGACGUGGGAUGAAACAUGACAGGCCUCAACGUUUUGCUGCAGAUUGUUUUCUGGUAUGAUUCAUUGAACUCGAGGAGUUUAAGGAGAAUGUAAGCAGUUCUUCCCUCUGUCAUGGUCUUACCUGAUGUGGGAAAGUUGUCAGCGCACACUUUAGUUUUUUGACACCAUUAUGACUUGCUUUAUUAUGCAUGGAACAGGAUCUGCUUAUGAGUUAUCGCCUAGGGAGUUGACAAUCAGUGGCCCAUAAAAUCUUAAGUGGAUUAAUGUCAUAUUGUCAUGUUGAAAGGACUGGCUUCAGUGACCUCAGAGCCGCUCAUGUACACAGCAGCAGUGAGUCUAAUAAGAGAUCCUGUUGUUUUCUUUGCUGCUUUGGCAUACUAUGUUUCACAUUUAAUUUAUUAUAACUGUUUUUUUAAUUACAACUGUGUCAUGUUCCUGUUUUAUAUCCAUACGUUAUAGUCGAACAGUAUAUUAAAGUGCAUUUACUUCGCAAGCCUUCAA